AUGGAGCAUCGAAUCUCAUCACCGUCACGUCGAGCGUAUAAUUUCGCUGAUUUCGUCUCAUUACCUUUAUGGGAUGAAGAAGGAGCUGAACUGAAGCCGUGUUUACCGUUCAUGGAUUGCGAGAAGACUGAAGCUAAAAGACGCGGACGAUUCUCUGAAUUUUACGAUGUUGACGAGAGUCCAGAUGAUAUAUCGCUGAUCAAUGCCACAUCGUAG